AUGUCCGACUACAUCCUCAGUCCACAGGUCUCCAGGGGCCUCUCAGACAAGUUAUACGACAAGCGUAAGGGGGCUGCCCUCGAGGUCGAGAGAGUUAUCCGCGAGUAUGUGAUUGCUAACGACACGGCCAAGAUCAAGCUGACCAUCCAAGCCCUCGUCACAGACUUUGUCUACUCUGUAUCGCCCAAUGCCCGCAACGGAGGGCUCAUUGGACUCGCGGCAACCUCCAUCUCUCUCGCAGGGGGCGUGUCAACAUAUCUCGAGAGCAUUGUCCCACCAGUGCUCAUGUGCUUUGCUGACCAAGACUCUCGCGUGCGGUACUAUGCCUGCGAGAGUAUGUACAACAUCGCCAAGGUCGCAAGAGGGAGCAUUCUCCGGUACUUUAAUGAGCUCUUUGAUGCCAUGAGCAAACUCUAUGCAGACUCGGAAAUGUCUGUCAAGAACGGAGCAGAACUGCUGGAUCGCCUGGUCAAGGAUAUUGUGCACGAACAGUCGAUCGCGUAUUCUGGACCCAUUACCCACAUCGACCACCAGGAUCCCCAGCAACUCGCCCUGGCGCUGCCCCGCGUCUCUCAGUUCUCACUCCCACGGUUCAUCCCUCUUCUUGCAGAACGUGUCUACAGCAAAAACUCAUGGACACGCAACUACCUCGUCACCUGGAUCGCGGUCUUGGAUUCCAUUCCGGACCUGGAACUUGUCUCAUAUCUGCCCGAUUUCUUGGAUGGGCUUUUGUAUUUCUUGAGUGAUUCUAAUCCGGAUGUGAGGACCUUGACACAAAAGUUGCUGAACGACUUUUUGACAGAGAUCCGGGAGGUGGCCGAGCUUCAACAACAACAGCAGCACGAGAUGUUACAGGCUCGACUCAAGCAACUGCAAAUGUCGGAAGUUAAGGCCGAAGGUUCUCUAGUCUCAACGACAUCGGGACAAAUGGGCAAAGAUUUGGAUCUUCUCGAGAGCGAGUCAACAGGACAGGGCAAGGGCAACUGGGUACCUGGUCAAGGAGUCAACAUUAACUAUGCGAAAAUCGUCCGGAUCCUCAAGCCUCACCUCACAUCCAACGACGAGGACAUUCAAGAGACCGCCUUGCGAUGGAUCAAUGAAUUCAUGAGCCUGGCCAAGGACGUUAUGAUCCAAUUCACUCCUACUCUCAUUCCAGCGGUCUUGCCUUGCCUCGCACACUCUGUCAAUUCUAUCCGCGCGAUCGCCAUUGAGACCAACCUCAGUUUAUACAAACUCGUUUUGGAUCCGUACCAGAAACCAACUGCAGACCAGCUCGAGUUUGAUUACGUGGCCACGGUGAACGCGUUGACACUCCAAUUCUUGAACGAGCAUGAGCAGACACGCGUGGCCAGCUUGGAGUGGCUGCUCAUGCUCCACAAACGAGCUCCACAUCUAAUUUUAGCGAUCGACGACGGAAGUUUUCCCGUGUUGCUGAAGACCUUAUCGGAUCCGUCAGAGGAAGUCAUCAAGCGUGAUCUCCAGCUUUUGGCCCAGAUUUCAUCUCACUCGGAUGAUGCCUAUUUCUACAACUUUAUGUUGAACAUGCUCUCGCUCUUCAGCACCGACCGUCGACUACUAGAAAAUCGUGGGAGUGUUAUUAUCCGGCAGCUAUGUGUGAGUCUGAACUCGGAGAGGAUCUACAGGACAUUGGCAGAGAUCCUGGAAAAGGACGAGGAUCUGGAGUUUGCGAACACGAUGGUUCAGAACCUGAACAUCAUCCUGAUCACGGCCCCUGAGCUGGCUGAUCUGCGGAAGCGGCUCAAGACUGUUGAUAGUCGAGACGGGCAAGCGCUGUUUACGGUCCUGUACAAGUCAUGGUGCCAUAACCCUGUCUCUACCUUUGCUCUAUGCCUUAUGGCGCAGUAUUAUGAGCAUGCCGUUGCUCUUCUUCAGAGCUUUGCCGAAUUUGAAAUCACAGUUAACCUACUGAUUCAAGUGGACAAGUUGGUUCAGCUGAUCGAAUCGCCCGUAUUUACUUAUCUUCGACUUCAACUGUUGGAGCCUGAGCGAUACCCACACUUGUUCAAAUGUCUCUAUGGUCUUUUGAUGCUGCUCCCACAGAGCACUGCAUUUGCCACGCUCAGGAACAGACUGACCAGUGUCAGCUCCAUGGGCUUCAUUCACCUGGUUCCCAAGAUGUAA